AUGCUCAGAUCUCAGGGUGAACUCAUCUCAGGAGAUGAAUUCUCCCAUAAAUUGAUUCAUAUAAAAUCUGAUAAUAAAAGCGGAACAGGCAUUCCAUAUACAAAAGCCAAAUGUGUUUUUGCAUCUAAAUUCGUGGAAAAUGAAUGCUUAUGGAGAUUUCAAAAAAAUCACAUUGAAGAUUUACGCGCUUUUAUUGAGAAUUCAAAGAACAUAGCAGAGAUGUCACAAUCUAAUGAAGAAACUGUGACAUUUGAAAAUUUAGUAAAAGAGGAAUUUACUAAUAUCAAGGAUGUUAACAUUAGAGAAAAAAUUUAUUAUCAGCCAGUUGCCAAAAAUUAUCAAAGUAUAGAUAGUUACAUUCAUCCUAAUCAACUAUUGCAAAUCACUAUCUUUGAUAGACAUGGAGUCAAGCAAAAAAAAUUAAAGGAUGAAUAUAAAAAUAUCUUGGACCAUAGGAAUGAAAUUCGCUUAUAUUUUGUAGUGCCGGAGGAAAGUUUUAGAACAUAUAAAAAACAGAACUAUUUAGAUGGAUUUAAGAAAGCAGAGAAUGUUUCUCAAUGGAUUCAAAACAUAAAGCAAAACUUCUAUAAAGAAAUGCCAAAAGAGAUGGAGGACCUUAAAGCUGGUGAUUCCAUCAAAAUGCCAAAACUUGGGCAGACAGAUGAGAUGUGGAAAAAAUUUUCUGAAGAUCAACAAAAUUCAAUAAAAUGUGUUUUUUCAGGUCCAAUAGGAGUGGGAAAAUUGUAUCUUGCAAUGUUUCUUGCGGCUAAAGCAUUUUCUGAAAACUGA